AUUCAACUUGACGGUGUACGGAUUGUGCUGGUCAGAAUACGUUCAUUGCUUGCUCACUCGCGCCGAUCUCACUAUAAAAAAAACGCCAGUCGAGAAACAAGAUACAACGCGACGCGUACGCACACUGACACAUACACAGAAACUAAACGAAAUCGUACGAGCCGUCGUUAAAUAAAAAGAAAAAUUAAAUAGAAAGAAACAUUUCAAUGCGUUGCUGCAUAUUGAAAAUUAAAUAAUAAACAAAUUACAAAUCGACCAGCUACAUGCUGCCAAGAAGUGAAAAGUUAUGCUGCCGGCGCCGCAGUCGCUGCCGCAGCCAAUGUGCCGCUUAAAACAUAAAACAAAAAAAAGUUACAGGCAAUAAACAUAUAGAUGUAUGUAUGUACAUAAAUUAUACACGAAAAUGUCUCGCCGAGCGUUCAGUUUUCAUAUGUACAUAUGCAUGUAUAUGUGUUUGUGUAUAUAUGUGUGUGUGUGUUUGCUGUUCUGAGACGCGACGUCGCUGCAUGCAUACAAUUAAUUUAAUAUACAAAUUGUUUUUAUUUUGAAUAAUGGAUCGUCGUGCAUUAAAGUUUAUGCAAAAAAGAGCGGACACUGAAAGCGAAACAUUAGCGACAUCCACAAAUACAACACAAGCAACAACUGCAACUCUAACAUUGGCAACAAGCGCAGCUUCAUUGGCCACAACAGCAGCAACAGCUUUAACGACAACAACAGCAACAGCAACAGCAACAGCAGCAGCAGUGACAACAGCGCAGCCUUUAAAGGACAACUCGAAUAUCAGAGGCAGCGACAAGCUACAGCAGCAGCAACAGCAGCAACAACAACACCAACAGCAGUCACAAAAACUACAGCAACAGCAGCAACAACAGCAGCAGCAGCAGCAGCAACAACAACAUAUAACUGAGCGACCAUUGAAGUGCUUGGAGACGCUAGCGCAGAAGGCGGGCAUUACUUUUGACGAGAAAUACGAUUUUGCCAGUCCGCCGCAUCCAGGAAUUGGUGCAACAACGCCCACACAUAAUAACAACAACAAUAACAACAACAAUAAUAAUAACAACAAUAGCAUACAAAAUAAUAAUAACAAUAAUAAUAGCAUAAAGAGCGCAACGCCCACUUCAAUUGCUUCAGCCUCAGCGCAAACGCCGCCAUCGUCGCGACGCCAAAACGCCAACGCAGCAACAGGAAACGGCAAAACAACACCCACAGCAGCAGCAGCAGCAGCAGUCGCAUCUGCAGCAGCAGCACGUUCGCGCAGCGCUUCACGCUCUCGUUCGCGCUCCAGCACACCCACUUCACGCCCAGCAGUAGCAGCAGCAGCAGCAGCAGCAGCGGCAGCAGCAGCAGCAGCGGCCAAUAGUAGCGGCAACAGCAGCUUAUUGGCGCUCAACGGCAACACACUGGAGAAAUCACAGAGCCCCGCCCAACAGGUGCAGUCCGCCACGGCGAUGCCCAUGCAGAUCUCGCCCGAGCAACUGCAGCAGCUCUACAACAGCAAUCCCUACGCCGGCAUACAAGUCAAGCAGGAGUUUCCCACGCACAAUGCCGGCAACAGCAACACAGGCGUCGAGCUCAAGCAUGCCGGCGGCCUGCUAGAUGCCAGCCAGACCACACAGCUGCAGCAGAUGCAGCUGCAGCAACUGACCGCUGGCGAUGGCGGUGCCGCUGCCGUGGCAGCCGCUGCUGUGGCCGCCGCCGCCGGUGCUGGCAGUCCGGCCAACGCUCAGCAGCAGCAGCAGCAGCAACAGCAGGCGCUCCAGCAGCAGGUGCAACAGGCACAGCAGCAGCAGCAACAACAGCAGCAGCAACAGCAGCAACAGCACUCAACUGCCAUUAGCACAAUGUCGCCCAUGCAACUGGCCGCUGGCAGCGUGCCCGGGGAUUGGGCCAACGGUCGCACCGUGCAGCUGAUGCAGCCAUCCACGGGCUUCAUCUAUCCGCAGAUGAUACUCUCCAGCAAUCUGCUGCCCGCCGGCCUGGGCCAGCAGCCCAUACAGGUCAUAGCCGCCAGCAAGCAUUUCCAGGGCAGUGGGCCACAAAUGAUUACGACCACCACACAGAAUGCCAAGCAGAUGAUUGGCGGCCAGGCGGGCUUUGCCGGCGGCACCUAUGCCAUACCCUCCAGUCAGUCGCCACAGACGCUGCUCAUCUCGCCCGUCAAUGUCAUUUCGCACUCGCCGCAGCAGCAGAGUCUGCUGCAGUCCAUGGCGGCGGCAGCGGCGCAGCAGCAACAACAACAACAACAACAGCAACAGGCACAGCAGCAACAGCAGCAACAACAGCAGCAACAGCAACAGCUCAACGCUGCCGCCUCCAAAGUGGGCGUCAAUGUAGGCGUGGGCGUAGGCGUUGGCGUGGGCGAUGCCCAGGGCAAGCUGCAGCAGAAGGUUGUGCAGAAGGUGACCACGACCACGAACACAGUGCAGGCGGCAAGCGGCGCUGCUGGCGGCGGUGUUGUGACCCAGGCGCAGCAGCAGCAGCAACAGCAGACGACCACGCAGCAGUGCGUGCAGGUCUCGCAGUCGACGUUGCCGGGCGUGAAUGCGGCACAAGCAGCGCAGCUGCUGAAUCCGCUGCAGGGCACAGUCGCCGGGCAGCCGCAGCAGAUGCAGAUUGCGCCCUGGUUCUGGCCAAAUGGACUGCAGCACUUUGGGGCCAAUCCCAUCAUAUUGCGUGGCCAGCCGGACGGCACACAGGGCAUGUUCAUCCAGCAGCCAGCGACGCAUCAAGCGCUGCAAACGCAACAGAAUCAGAUAAUUCAGUGCAAUGUGACGCAGACGCCGACGAAGGCGCAUACUCAGCUGGAAGCGCUGGCGUCCAAACAGCAGCAGCAGCAACAACAACAACAGCAGCAGCAGCAGCAACAACAGCAGCAGCAGCAGCAGCAACAGGCGAAUGUACAGCAGCAACAGCUUGCCACGCAGCAACAAGCGGUGGCAGUAACGGCGCAGCUGCAACAACAUUCUCAGCUUACAGCGGCUGCAGCAUUGCAACGCGUCGGCGCCCCCAUACUGCCACAUAAUGGGGCACAAGUGCGUCCCGCCAGCUCGGUGUCCACGCAGACGGCGCAGAAUCAAAGCCUGCUCAAGGCCAAGAUGCGCAACAAGCAGCAGCCGGUGCGUCCAGCGCUGCCCACGCUCAAGACCGAGAACGGGCAAACGACUGUGGGCAAGCCCGGCCAAGUGACCAGCAAUGCCACCACAGCCCUCAGCCAGCAUCUGGCCGUGCAGCAGCAGCAGCAGCAGGGCAAUCUGCAUCAAGUUGUCACCACAGCGGGCAAUAAAAUGGUCGUCAUGAGCACCUCGGGCACGCCCAUAACGCUGCAGAAUGGCCAAACAUUGCAGGCAGCGACUGGCGGUGUGGUUAACAAGCAGCAGCAGCAAACACAGCAGCAGCAGCAGCAACAACAACAGCAGCAGCAGCAGGUACAACAGCAACAACAACAACAGCAGCAGCAACAAGCAUUGCAGAUGAUGAAAAAUCAGCAACUGUAUCAGCAGCAGAUAUUACAACAUCAGCUUGCCUUGCAACUGCAACAGCAGCAGCAGCAGCAGCAGGCGCAGCAACAACAGCAGCAGCAGGCGGCUCAACAGCAGCAGCCACAGCAGCAACAACAGCAGGCAACUUUGGCUAAUGCCACAGCUCAGCAAAUACUGCAAGUAGCUCCAAAUACAUUUAUAGCCUCGCAGCAGCAGCAGCAACAACAGCAGCAGUUGCACAAUCAGCUCUUGCAACAGCAACUGCAGCAACAACAACAACAGCAGCAGGCACAACAACAGCAGCAGCAGCAGCAGGCACAACAGCAAGCUCAACAACAGCAGCAGCAACGCGAGCAACAAAAUAUUAUACAACAAAUUGUUGUGCAGCAGCAAACAGCCAAUCAGCAACAACAGCAGCAGCAGCAGCAGCAGCAGCAGCAGCAACAGUUGCAGCUUAGCAGCGUGCCCUUCUCUGUUUCCUCCACCACAACGCCCGCUGGGAUUGCCACCUCCAGUGCGCUACAGGCGGCACUUUCCGCUUCGGGCGCCGUUUUCCAGACAACCACCAAGACAAGCAAUUCAAUGCCCAGCAGCAGCGUUGUGACAAUCAGCAAUCAUAACACUGGGCCACUGGUCACCAGCAGCACUGUAACCAGUUUGCAGCAGCUGCAACAGCAACAUCAACAACAGCAGCAGCAGCAGCAGCAGCAGCAACAGCAGCAGCAGCAGCAGGCACAGCAGCAACAGCAUCAGCAACUGAUAUCUGCUACCAUCGCAGCUGCCACGCAACAGCAGCAGCAGCAGCAGCAGCAGCAGUUGGCCAAUAGCUCGCAUGGCUCUAGCACGCUGACCACCGCCUCACCCACGCAAAAUCCCAUACUGGCCAUGACCUCCAUGAUGAAUGCCACCGUGGGCAUGCCCACAACGCCUACAACAGUUAGCAGCAGUCCCAUGACCGCAUCGCUUGUGACGCUUAGCAACAGCAUCAGCUCGCUGCCGGCCACGCCCACCAAGACAACAAUGAUUACAGCGACGAGCACGCCGGAGGCAGCAGCAGCACAGUCAAAGACGCCACAGCAACAGUCGCUGCCAGCCGGCUUGGUGCCCAUUGAUUCGCCGCUAACGACAGUCGCAGCAGCAGCAGCAACAGCAACAGCAGCACAGGCAGUUGCAGUUGCAGCUGCGGCGCAAGCAGCAGCAACAUUGCAUGAGUCCAACAAGGCGAGCUUGGAGGCCACAGCUGAGGUGCUGCUCAAUGGUGAUGCCAAUGAGGCAACUCCCACAAAGCUGGCAACAGCAAUUGUUGCUGGCGCCAAGCAAAGCAAUGCAGUGCUGCCCACCAGCAGCAGCAGCAGCAGCAGCAAGGAUGAUGCAUUGAGUAAUGGACAGAUCAGCAAUAGCAAUAGCAAUAGCAAUAGCCAUAGCACGGCGGUGACAAGCACGGCGACAACAAAUGGCAUUGCCAGCGGCACGUUGCGUGCCUUGAGCAGCAGCAGCAGCACGGCGACAACUACAACCAGCACCACGACUAGCAACAGCAGCAGCAGCACGACAACAAGCACAACAACAACCAACAGCACAACAAGCAGCAGCAACAGCAAUAGCAACAGCAGCGGCGGCGGCAGCGGCACCAACAGCAUUGGCAAGGAUUUGCCCAAGGCCAUGAUCAAGCCCAACGUGCUCACGCAUGUCAUCGAUGGCUUCAUCAUACAGGAGGCCAACGAGCCAUUCCCUGUGACCAGGCAGCGUUAUGCCGACAAGGACAGCAACGAUGAGCCGCCAAAGAAAAAGGCUGCAAUGCAGGACGACAUCAAGGCCGGCACGACCAGCAUGACGCCCAGCACGAACAGCCAAGCAGCAACUGGUCUGACUGCAGCCACUGGCGGUGGCGCUGGCGGCGGCGCCACUAUGAACGCCGUCGUGCCGCUGGCCACAUUGCCGGCGGACAUGGUGGCGUGCGAGCAAUGCGGCAAGCCGGAGCAUAGAAGCAAGCUGAAGCGUAAGCGCUACUGCUCACCGGGCUGUGCGCGUCUGGCCAAGACUGGAGGCGUUAGCAAUGGCAAUGCCAUUGGCAUGGUGGCUGCCGAUGCGCUGGCGCUCGCCGACAAGCUGGACGAAUCGCUGGCGGAGGAGAAGAUGCAAACGGAAGCGCUGCUGCCGGAGCCAGCGCCGAUUAUGGCCGAACCGACGCCCAUGGCAGCCGCAACACCAGCACCACCCCCAGCCGUCGCAGUAGCAGCCACACCCAUUGCCGUCGCCGCACCAGCAACAGCUGCGCUGCCCAGCAGCAGCAGCGUUGUGGAGCGCCCGCCCAUUUGUAGCUGGACUGUGGAUGAGGUCAGUGAGUUCAUACGCAAGCUGCCGGGCUGCCAGGACUAUGUGGAUGACUUUGUGCAGCAGGAGAUCGAUGGACAGGCAUUGCUGCUGCUCAAGGAGAAUCAUUUGGUGAAUGCCAUGGGCAUGAAGCUGGGACCAGCGCUCAAGAUUGUCGCCAAGGUGGAGUCCAUGAAGGAGCUGAACGCCGCGUCCGCAGCUGCCGAGAGCGCUGCCAAAGAUGCGGCAGCCACUCAAUAGUAUCGGCGUCAGCUCCAGCAUCAGCAUCAGCCACUGCAAUGUCACGAGCUAGACAGUCACUGCAAUGUCGAUGUGAAUAGCUCGCCGUCAUCGUCACCUGCCCACUCCAUAACUCCGCCGAUUUAUUCGCCAGUGCGGCGCGCAUCCUAAGCAGACGCCGGUCCAACCAGGCGGCUGCAACUGUGGCAUGCGGCGCAUGUGAAUGUGAUUCAUGCAACAAGCUCUCCAUACUCUCUGCUAGCAAACAUUGCCCCCCCUCCCCACCCGCUUAAUCCAAAUUCCAAGCCCCCCCCCACACACACUCUCAAAUUCUCCCUCCGCCCAAGCGAUCUGUAGAACUACUGUGUACGUAAUUUAUAGUGUAGCUUCAAUUUUAAGGCCAACUGUGUAUGAUACUGAACUAAAGAAUGGAACUAGCCCAAGUCGUUCGUCGCUCGUUCGUUGGCUAUUCAAGCUUAUAUAUCAUAUAUAUACCAUUGUUUUCAUCAUCUGUACAAUUUUUCGCAUAAUUUUAAAAGAUUUCACACGACGACACGACUAAGCUUUUUAUUAUUAUUUCUCUCUUUAUCAAUUGCUUAAGUUUGGCUCGAAUGUAAGGCAUGGAAUUCAAUGCGAGAACAGCAUAAAUUAAAACUAUUAUAUGUUAAGCAAAUUUAGCAACUAAAUGGAAAGUAAUUUAACGAGAACUACUGCAAAUAGUAUUUGAAGCAUCAUCAGCAGUAUGCGUGCGUAUAUAAUUCAAUUAGUUAAUACAUACAACAAAUUAAAUAUAGUAAUAUA